CUGGGGACAGGGCAUCAGGUUCACUGUGCUGCUAGAGCUGACGGGGGAAGGAGGAGGAGAGGAAGAAGAGAUUUCUUAACUGAAAGGGUUAGCUUAAAGGGGAAGAAUCCCUUUCUGCUCUCUUCUUCCGCUUUCGCAGAGAGAGAGCGAGAGAAACGAUCCCUCGUUUUAUGUGCCUUUCGUUGUGUUACAGUGAGUGGACUUUUCUCUCCUUCCUCCCACCCCUCAUUCUUCUCCUAACCCCUCCCCCAGCCCCAGCUAUGGAAAUGAACUCUGUGAAGAUGAGGUUUGCUGCAAAUUUCCAGCCCUGCUUGCAAGACAGCCUCUUGGCUCUCCGCCAACAUUUUGCAAAUCCUCUCUAGCCAACCAGAAUUCCUGUCGGUAGUCACCUGACCCUGAAUUCCCAGACAAAGAAAUGUUCAUGCUUCUUUCUCUUCUUUUUUUGAGCGAUCUCCUCUACCCGGAGUGGGGGGUAAAAAAUUGCAGCCCUACAUUGGAUUAAAAGGGUCGUGUGUUGGCGUGUAUGGGCAGAGAAAAAGGCCCUGCUGGUGUCAGUGAUGAACGCAAUGGAGGACCAUGAGGAGAUGGAGCCUGAGCCACAACAGAAAGAAGAAGUGUCAGUAAUCACACACAACCAACAACAGCAGCAGCAACAACAACAACAACAACAACAGCAGCCCACGGACCCAGCGUCCCCGACGGUGGCCACCACACCUGAACCUGUCGCCAUGGCAGGGGGUGACAAGACAUCACCCAAGACAGCUGAUACUGAGCCUGAGUACGAGGAUGGGCGUGGUUUCAGCAUUGGGGAGCUGGUGUGGGGGAAGCUGAGGGGGUUCUCCUGGUGGCCUGGUCGUAUUGUCUCCUGGUGGAUGACCGGACGCAGCCGAGCUGCCGAGGGGACACGAUGGGUCAUGUGGUUCGGCGAUGGAAAAUUCUCUGUGGUGUGUGUAGAGAAACUGUUGCCUUUGAGUUCCUUCUCCAACGCCUUCCACCAGCCCACCUACAGCAAGCAGCCCAUGUAUAAGAAAGCCAUCUAUGAGGUGCUUCAGGUGGCCAGCACCCGAGCAGGCAAAGCAUUUAUAGCCUGUCCGGAGAGCGAUGAGACGGACACCUCCAAGUCAGUGGAUCUACAGAGCAAACAGAUGAUAGAGUGGGCUAAGACAGGCUUCCAACCCACCGGGCCCAAGGGCCUAGAGCCACCAGAAGAGGAGCGUAACCCAUAUAAGGAGGUGUACCCUGACGUGUGGGUGGAGCCAGAGGCGGCAGCCUACACGCCCCCUCCAGCCAAAAAGCCUCGCAAAAGCACUGCAGCCGAGAAACCCAAGGUCAAGGAGAUGAUUGACGAGGGGACGAGAGAGAGACUUGUGUAUGAAGUGAGACAGAAAUGCAGAAGCAUAGAAGACAUCUGCAUCUCCUGUGGAAGUUUGAAUGUUUCCCGUGAACACCCUCUGUUUGCUGGAGGAAUGUGCCAGAGCUGUAAGAACUGCUUUCUAGAAUGUGCAUAUCAGUAUGAUGAUGAUGGUUACCAGUCAUACUGCACUAUUUGCUGUGGGGGACGAGAGGUGCUCAUGUGCGGGAACAACAACUGCUGCAGGUGUUUCUGUGUGGAGUGUGUGGACCUGCUGGUGGGCCCAGGUGCAGCACAGAUAGCUAUUAAAGAGGAUCCCUGGAGCUGCUACAUGUGUGAGAAGGGACAGAAGGGAGUGUUCGGCCUGCUGGAGCGUCGCACUGACUGGCCCUGUCGUCUACAGCACUUCUUCGCUAAUAACCAUGACCAAGAUUUUGAACCACCAAAGCUUUACCCUCCAGUCAUGGCAGAGAAGAGACAACCCAUACGUGUCCUGUCACUGUUCGAUGGCAUAGCAACAGGUCUGCUGGUGCUGAAGGAGCUGGGUAUCCAGGUGGAACGCUAUGUGGCGUCGGAGGUGUGUGAGGACUCCGUCACGGUGGGCAUCGUCAGGCAUCAGGGACGCAUCAUGUACGUGGGCGACGUGAGGAACGUCACGCGCAAACAUUUACACGAGUGGGGCCCCUUUGACUUAGUGAUUGGUGGAAGUCCAUGUAACGACCUCUCUAUUGUCAACCCGGCUAGGAAGGGUCUUUAUGAGGGCACUGGUCGGCUGUUCUUUGAGUUCUACCGUCUGCUGCACGAGGCUCGGCCCAAAGAGGGCGACAACCGGCCGUUCUUCUGGCUCUUUGAGAAUGUGGUGGCCAUGGGUGUCAGCGACAAGAGGGACAUCUCUCGCUUUCUAGAGUGUAACCCGGUGAUGAUCGAUGCCAAGGAGGUGUCUGCUGCUCACCGCGCCCGCUACUUCUGGGGGAACCUGCCUGGCAUGAACAGGUUGGUGAGAGAACGACCCUUGACUGCCAUGUGCACUGACAGACUGGACCUUCAGGAUUGUUUGGAGCAUGGCAGAACAGCGAAGUUUGGCAAAGUGAGGACCAUCACCACUCGCUCUAAUUCCAUUAAGCAGGGUAAAGACCAGCACUUCCCUGUCUUCAUGAACGAGAAGGAGGACAUUCUCUGGUGCACUGAGAUGGAGAGGGUGUUUGGCUUCCCUGUCCAUUACACAGACGUGUCCAACAUGAGUCGGCUGGCCAGGCAAAGGCUUCUGGGAAGGUCGUGGAGUGUACCGGUCAUCCGUCACUUGUUUGCACCACUCAAAGAGUACUUUGCCUGUGUUUAACAAGACUUGGCUUAGAAACCACCACAAACAUAUAACUGUUGUUGUAACUAGAAACAAGAGUUGUGGUGAAAUUAUACUACUUCCUGGUAUCAUUUCUCAGGCAAGCAAAACAUCAUCAGAGUAGAUAUUUCACAUUAUUUCUUGUAUUUUGAAAUGUACUUCUUAUUCUAUUUAAUUUGUAUAUGUCAUUUGACCUUUUUAGCAGUGUUAUCCAGUAUUUUUUUUAUUGAUUUAUUUGUGCAAGCUAUACUUGAGACAAGGCUUUCUUCUCAAGGCACUGAGGAAGAAGAAACUAGGAUCUGUGUGAUUUUUUUAAAAGUUUUUUUUAUUUUUUAAAUAAAGACUAGGAUUGGGUGAUUGGAAAAGAUCUGAAAGAUAAGAGUUUAUCAUACUGUGUGUACAGUAUGUUAUGUGAAUGGUUUUGGCUGUGUAGGCAUGAUUUUGUUUUGGCCUCUAUCUGAAGUGGACGAAGCAGUCCACCUCCUGAGCCUUGCAGAGCUAAAGUGAAUAAGGGUGAUUUUCUUCAGUGUCACAGAAAGCUGUCUUAAUGAAUCCAAAACACCAGAUCACAUAUACCUCUUUGUUUACAGUUUAUAUACACAGUUAACUGAAGGUUAAGGUACUACUGUAAAAUGGUUACAAUACCAUGGUGCUUCGAGACAAUAGGAAACAUCACAGUCCAUGUGGCACAGGCACUACACUUUAGACAAGAUGGGGGGGGGGGGGGGACAUUGCCUGGAAAGUUGUUUUUUCAGUGUGAUGUUUUCACACUUAAAGAAGUUAUGUGCUAUCUUAAUAACUUUAAAUGACUUCAAAGUGGCGAUAAAAUACGGCGUGGUGGCAGACGACUGCAGAAUAGCAUGCCAUAUCCUCCUCUUUCCUAUGUUUUACAGCUUUUUUUUUAAACAAAAAAUUGUACUGGUGCUUUUUCAAUCAUUUUUCAAGCCUUGCGACACGCAAACUCAGGCCCCCGUGCCUGCCCGUGUCAGACUCUGCACAAACACAAAAUGAAGCUAGCCACAUGGGCAGUGAUGUUUUCUGUAGUUACAAAAAACAAAACAAAAAUAUUGAUCCAAGGUCUGUGGUGAACUACUUUUUUUGUAGUUUCAUCCUGACCCAUGUCAUUACUGUACAACUGUUAGUGAGCAUGGUCGGUGGACUGGAGGGAGUGUGGCUGCCCUGGUGUUUCCACAACCAAGUAAAGACUCUCCCUUCCCUUCUCACCCCUGCAAACUAGAUAGUAGAUACUGUCAGGUGCAAGUCUUCAAACAAUAUGGUGCGGCUUCACAAUGCUCUUCUACCGUUUUAUAGCAAUUUUGUGCUGUUUUACCAACAUUAUAAAGCACUUUUUAUAUGUAUACUUCUUUUUUUUCCUUUAGUAUUAGAAACAUUUCUUGUUUUUUUUCUUGUGAAAUGAUUGUUUUUGUUUUUAUGAGGUGAACUGUUUUACCAUUGUGUAAUACAGUAUGUUUUCUAUACCGUAGGGCUGUGCCAAUAGAGGUGAAAUAAUGGAUUAUUAGAGUGGCGUAUCCAUGGAAACGAUUGAAUUAUUGAUUGCUACUCAAUGUACAGUAGAUUUAAUUGAAAAUGAUUCAUGUGCUCCGUUACCAUAUUGUCUUCUGUUCAAAGCAGUAAUUCAGUGUCAUCCUCCGGAUGAAAAAGAAUGUGUCUAUUUCUAUUACGAUUGUAGGAUUUAGAUGGGGAAUAUUUCGAGAGUCGAAGGAGAGAGAGCUAUUCAAACGAUUAUUACCCAAACUUGGAUUACAUUUCAAAUCUGCAUUUUCUGAUGAUCUGAAUUAUUAUGACCUUGAAUGUGGAAGAUUUGGAAAUGAGUUUGUCAAUAACUGAAAAUUGAACAGUGCCCCCCCCCCCCC